GAGCAGAAAGCAGACCCUGCCCUGGUGACCAAUGGCUUCGUUUGUUGAAGAUCUGGAGCUGGAGGCCUGAUUGAGAGUUUCCGCAUCAGCUCCUCGCACUGGGCACUCUAGUUCCUGAUACUCCUGUGUCUGAUUCAAGGGAAGAACUCUGUGUCUGGUGCCCCCACUGGUUUACGGGUUGUGAAAAGGCAGCUCCUGGGAAACUCCUCCAAUGAGGUGGACAGCCAGGUGGACCACCUGUACAAACCACAGCCCAUAAAGCAGAUGAUCAGUGCUGAGAAGGAGAUGGUUGGUAAUGAGAUGGAGGACAGUGUUCUGAGCACGAACCGUAAACUCUUUGUCACCAACCUGAGAUAUGGCAAAGCUCAUUUGCAGCAGUUUCGUGCAGAGCCCAAGCCUGGAGACCUGAUUGAGAUUUUUCGAUUUUUCAACUCACACUGGGCCCUGUAUGUGGGCAAUGGUUAUGUGAUCCACCUGGCUCCCCCAGGGGAGAACUCUGAGGCUGGCGCCCGCACCGGCUUAGGGGUGGUGAAAAGGCAGCUCCUGGUGGAAGUGGUGGGAAACUGCUUCUAUAAGGUCAACAACCACUUGGACCACCUAUACAAACCACGGCCCAUAAAGGAGAUGCUCAGAUCUGGGAACAAGAUGGUUGGUACGGAGAUGGAGCACAGUGAUCUGAGCAGGACCUGUGAGCACUUUGUCACCGAACUGAGAUAUGGCAAGGCCCGCAGCCGGCAGAUCUACCCUAAAGGCAGCUCCUGA